CAACCACAUCGUUGGCGCAAUGUUCGGGAAUAUUGGAUUUAGGGUUACGCCUUCUUCGAGCAGGAACUGAUAUUGAAUUGACUAUUCAUAAAUUCAAUAAUUGGCACGCGACGUGGUUGAACAUGGUUGAACGAAAGCAGUUCAAGACCAAGUUAUGUGUUCUGUAUCAGAGAGGGCGCUGCAAUCGCCAUAAUUGCUCCUUCGCGCAUGGGAGUUCCGAGCUUCGACGAUUCUCUGCCUCAUAUAGUGGAUGAUCACAGUAACUUGUUGAGACUGUUGCAUUUCCAGCAGAAUGGAUAUUUCAUUUUAGAUGAGAGAUUCUUCAGAAGACAUUCUGCUGAUUGGUUUAUCUCAAAGGCGAUGCUGGUGUUGUUCAUGAAAUUGUAUUUUCUUGGCAAUAUUUUUUAUGCUUGAUUCCUUGAAUCUGUGGAACUACAGUGUUACCUGAGAUCAUGAUUAGGAUUACGUGGAUUGUCUGCUAGCAUCAUGUUUUCAUCAGAAGCAAGUUCAGCAAAUUUCCCAAUCAUUUCAUUUAAAAUUUCUACUGAUUGAGUGUAUGGAGCUUAUGCUAUUCCUUUUGGAUGAUACUUCUGGAUAUGAUAUGGCUGCAUGGACACAGGCUAAAUGGAAUUAUUAGUGGAGAUGAUGUCAGGAGAAAUCAAAUCUGAUAGCUUGUUGAUGGAUUUGUAUUUCUUAAGCUUCUUGGAUAUAUCUCUACAUUUGAGAUUAUAUUUUAUAUCUUACUUCUCAACAAGUUGGGGAUGUGAAUGUUCAUAAUCCAUUGCUACCUUGAUUACACUUCAAAGUAUAAGCUACAUGCGUGGGUUUUUCUAUAUCUGUCAUAAUAUGAGAGUGCUAGUUUCUAUCAACGUUUUUGCUCUUACAUGGGAGGCACUAUUACUAUUCAUUAUUAUGUUUCUCUUGUUAUUCCUGUUAAUGGGAGGAGAGACUAUUUAGGUAAUGACUUGAGGGAUAAACUUGACAGAAGGUUUUUAUCUCCUCGAAGGUACUCACCAGCUCAAGAUGCAAGAGGCCGCCAGACCAUCCGUGAAUACAGUCCUUCGAGGUCUUUGGAGAAGAAAAGUGACAGAAGACAUAGGAGAAAUUUGAAAGUCUCAGAUAGAGUUGAAGAAGGAAAAUUGCUUCCAUCUGGUUCUAGGAAUUCUCUUGAGGAGCAGCUGAAGAAAGUAGAUUCAGAUAUCAACACUCUUAAUAACCGAAAAUUCCAGCUAGAGGUCUACCUUGAUGAGAGUGUUCAAGAAGUGGAUAGCCUUAAUUCUAGAAUUCAGGAACUUGAAGCUCAAUUAUGCCAAGAGGAUGAUGAGUGCAAAAGAAUUACUUCAAGAAUAAGGAAAUUUGUUAGGGUGCACAAUCAUACGUCAAAGUUACAAGAUGAACUGAAGAGAUCACAAGUCCGACUUCAAAGGUUUGGAGAUCAGCUUGUCUCAGAUAUUUCUAGAAUUGGUGCUAAUGAAGAAGAUUUAAGCAUUGAUAUUGUAAGCAAUGGUGAAAAUACUAGUCUUUAUCCAAUCGUCAAACAUAAUGUGGAGCACAAUGAUGCAUCUUCCCACAGAAAAAAGCUGCACAUUGAACGAGAUGUUGUGGAAGAGUUAAAACAAGAUAGAUCAAAAGAUGGGCAUUUGGCUGAAACAGCUAGAACUAGGAAGCGUUCUCGCUGGAAUGUAUCAGAUCAAUUGAUUGAUGAGUCCCUGGGAACCCCAGACAACGGAACUGAAGUUACUAGACCUCUAGAUUCUGAAGGCAAGCACAAGAGAGGAUUGAAACAACCCAGGAUUGAAGUGCCGUCAACCAGCAUGGCCGCUCAUGUGGUUGAUGAGGACGUUGAUAUCGAACUUAAUGAUGGAACUGACAUUGAUGAAACUGCAAAUAAGGUAAAUGAGAAUGGAGUGGCAUAUAAGGUGAAGAGUGCGCCACUUAUGCUUCCCCCAGCUUUGAUACCUCGUAGCAAUUAUUCACAGUAUGAGGGUAACGACGAGAAUGUUGAUGUGGAUGGUUGAUGAAGAGGCAGCAAGGGCACAUGUGGUUUAGUCUAAUUGAUAUUGGCUACUUCUAACUUUGUUUUGGUGUCUCGAAGGUAGUUGUCAAAAGGGUCAAUAUCUUGAUCAGGAGUAUUUGAAAAUAGAUGAUAGUAUGCAAGAUAGUGGAACAAAAAACAAGACUUUCAUUGGAUCUAUGGAUACAUUUUAUAUUGGUGUUUAUAAAUUUGAAAAUAUGCAUACAUACCAUAUUUAUGGUUGUGGUGCUGAAGCUGAUUAUUUUCUGUUGGAUUUCUUUAUAUGAUUAUAAAUUCAAUCCUCCAUUGUCGACUUUC